UGAGUACAGUAGAUCAUUUGUAGAAGGGGGCACUAAGGGUUUUCAACCAGUUGCCUAUCAGCAUUGUGUGAUCAAGGCUGCAAAGUGAUCAAUGGUGUUGCUAUGUGUACCUGUUUCCAUGGUUACAUGCUUGGAAAGGAUGGAAAAAGUUGUUACGAUAUUGAUGAAUGCUCUCGGCCUCAGACACUAAACCCUUGUCAUCAGCAAUGUAAGAACAACAUUGGCAGCUACAGAUGCAUGUGUUAUUAUGGGUAUCAGAUCUCAGCCAAUGGACGCACAUGUCUACCUAUGAAGCACCCAAAUACAAUUGCUGCUCCUGGUCCUUGUGGAGAAUAUGGCUGUGAGUUAACCUGUAAUGAUGGAGGCUGUGAACAUGUCUCCCGCGUGUGUCCUCUUGGAUUUCGCAUGACUGAAACAGCAAACGGAGUCACCUGCACAGACAUCAAUGAAUGUGCUGCAUCUUCCUGUGAGGGAACUUGUCUGAAUACUGAAGGAGGCUUUGUAUGUGAUUGUGGGCCUGGCCUGAAGCUUGCCGCUGAUAGGAGCAGUUGCUUGGAUAUUGAUGAAUGUCUGACACAACGAUCAGUUUGUCAGCACAGAUGUAGGAAUAUUCAUGGCAGCUAUAGGUGUUUGUGUGGAACAGGGUUCACCCUGCAGAAUAAUGGACACAAAUGUGCAGAUAUCAAUGAGUGUCGAAGGCCAGGGUCAUCUCAUCUUUGCCAGCACUUUUGUCAUAAUACGUAUGGAAGCUUCUUCUGUUCAUGCCGAGCUGGGUUUGUUCUUAGCAUAGACAGAGUGUCUUGUGUUGAUGUGAAUGAGUGCCUAGAUAACACCACCCUAUGCAUAUCUGGCAGCUGCAUGAAUACACUGGGGUCCUAUGUCUGUUCCUGCCCUGCUGGGUUUCAGUCAAUCAAUGGUGGCUGCUCAGCCACUCCUCUUGAGACACAGACCGCAAGCUUACUACAGGCAGUGCACAGUGAUUGGAUGCCACUCAGGCUAACACCACCAAUGGCUGUAAGCAUUGGAACACCAACCACAAGUGCUUCCCAGACAGAUCUGGCCACUACCAAGUUACCACAAAAAAUGUUUACCACAAAGUCUACCUCAACUCAACCUCAACCAACCACAACAACUGAACUUGAUCCAGUGCCUCCACCUCAACAUCUCAAAACGGGUCAUUCUUCAUUCUCUCAAAAUUCCUCAGGAAUAGCUCACAUGCCACUGAAAGAGAACAUAAUAAUCCCCACUGGACAGCCUACUGCCUUGGGCACAAAUGUGCCUUGUUGGCAUAACAGGGAACUGCAUCUGGCAGGCAGCACCUGGACAGAGCCAGGAUGUUUAGAUUGCAUUUGCCAGGAAGGGAAGGUUUCAUGUGACAGAAGGGUAUGUAAUCCAAACUGCUCGCAUCCUGCCUUGCCCACUGAUAGCUGCUGCCCAUCUUGUGAUGGGUGCUUGUUCGAGGGAAAACUGAGAGCAGACGGAGAGCUUUUCCCCAUUACUCCAGAUAAUUGUACUGUUUGUAUCUGUCUGGCUGGAAAUAUCACCUGUAUCCCUCCUGUGUGUCCUCCAGUAGCAUGCACUGAGCCUAUCAUGUCAGACUGCUGUUUGCAAUGCCCAGAUGGCUGUGAAUUCCAAGGAAAUAUUUACCCUCAUGGUGCCACAUUUAGCCGGGAUGAAAAUGGAUGUACAUCAUGUCAGUGCCAGAAUGGAAUAGUAGAAUGCUCUUUUGUCCCAUGUCCCAGUCUCGAGUGCCCUAGAGAGGACUGGGUGCUGGAGUCCAGACAAUGCUGCUUCAAGUGCCAGCAAUUACCACCACAUGCAGGAUGUCCAUUUGAUGACAAUGGAAUUGAGAUUCCAGUUGGUCAGAUUUGGUCUCCUGGGGAUCCCUGUUCAAUCUGCAUUUGUCAGGCAGACAGCACCAUUGUGUGUAAGAAAACAGACUGUGUGGAGAACUGUCCUCAUCCUAUUAUUGUGCCCGGACAGUGCUGCCCUGACUGCUCUGCAGGUUGCUCAUAUGGGCGAAGAACAUACAAAAACGACGAAAGCUUUCCAUCCACUUCUGAUCCCUGUCUCACCUGCAUCUGUCUGAUGGGCACAGUAGCCUGCUCUCCUAUAGAAUGUGCACCCAACUGUACCUACCCCUUCCAUGAUGAGGGAGAGUGUUGUCCUGUGUGCCGAGACUGCACAUAUGAAGGGAGGAAAGUGUUAAACCAUCAGACAUUUUCACUGGAAAGUGAUCCCUGCACUCAAUGCACCUGCCGGGAUGGAGAAGUGCAAUGUGAAGCCAUCUUCUGCUCUGCUACCUGCUCUCACCCAUAUAUUUUUCCUGGAGAAUGUUGUGCUUCAUGUGAAGAAUGUGCCUCUGAAGGACAUGUGUUGGAGAAUGGAGGGUCAUACAUCUUGAAGACGGACCCUUGUGUUGUGUGUCAUUGUUAUAAGUUUCAGAACCUUUCAGCACUAAGCAGCUACAAUAUUCCCAGCAAGAUGCUGGACAAGUCAACGUUCCACUGA